CAGCCUCGUAUCAGAGUGGGAAAUCACUGGAAUCUGCCGUCUGACUCACCUAAACUCUACUUCUCUGUACCUGAAUUUGAGAUCCUGAACCUCCGUCCCCGGCGAGCAGUCAUUGGUGUGCCUUUGACAACCUCAGGUACCAUUGCCAUUGCCAUCCUGGAACAGGUCGAUGUAAGUACAAAGACCACUACUUAAGGCAUCAAACAGCAUUCACUGGGUGCUUUUGUUCUUGAUGCGUUUGAGGCCAUUCUCUCUGACUUUCCGACCCCACCUUUCCGUAACCUUGACCUUGCCCUUCAGAUUCCUCUAUCCUAUUUCAAGCAAAUCCACUUUUCCACUAGCAAGAACAAGAUCAAGAUCAAUAGCCACUCCACCAACCUUGACCCGUCAGCCCUUCAACAUGGCGGCAUCUCCACCUAACAGCGUCCCUUAUAUGAAGCAGGAUGUCCAGGAGGUUCAGACGCUGAUCAAGAACCUGGAGGAGAGUACCAAGAAAAACCUAAACAAAACCUCCGGCAAAAGCUUUAGCUGCAAAGAAACCGGUUUCAAUGUCGAAGGCUCUCAACCGCAGUUGGUGGUCAGCUCCUGGCGCUUCCAGGAUUGGGACUACAAACUCGACAAUCUUCCAACCUAUGCUCGUGGUCUAUUUACGGGCAAGAAUGAGAAAGGCCAGCCGGAAAUCUGUGUGCGUGGAUACGACAAGUUCUUCAACACCGAGGAAGUCAAAGCCACCAGGUGGAGUAAUAUCGAAGCCAAUGCCAAAGGUCCAUAUGAGUUGAGUUUGAAGGAGAAUGGAUGUAUCAUCUUUAUCAGUGGUCUUCAUGACGGCUCCCUCUUAGUUUGCAGCAAACAUUCGACCGGUGGAAGGCCCGACACCCUUAGCCAUGCGAAGGCAGCCGAGAGCUGGGUCGACAAACAACUCAGUGCCAUCGGCAAGACUCGCAAAGAUCUGGCUGUAGAACUUCGAAGUCGAAACGCAACUGCAGUAGCGGAACUAUGUGACGAUGAUUUUGAAGAACACAUUCUAGCUUAUGGAAAGGAUGUGGCUGGUUUGUAUCUGCAUGGAAUCAACAUCAACCUCCCCGAGUUCAUGACUUACCCUGGUCCUCAAGUGCAAGCCUUCGCUGAGGAAUGGGGAUUUCGCAAGACCGACUUCCUGGUCAUCGAAGACAUCGAGGCUACUAAGAAGUUUUUAGACGGGGUUGCCGAGACAGGCCACUACAACGGAAGAGAUAUUGAGGGUUUCGUUAUUCGGUGCAAGACUCGUGUUAAUGGCCAAGGGCCUUAUGUGGAUUGGUUUUUCAAGUACAAGUUCGAAGAGCCAUAUUUGAUGUAUCGCCAGUGGCGAGAGUGUACCAAAGCAGUCAUUGCAGGCAAACCCCCUCGCUACCGAAAGCAUAUCAAGAUCACCGAGGAGUACCUUUUGUACGUUCGCAAGAGACUUGCAGAUAAUCCUAGUUUGGGGAAUGCAUAUCAGCAAAAUCACGGGAUUAUUCAAUUGCGCGAUGACUUCUUGAAAGAGAAGAACCUGAAGGGUUCUGAUAUCAUCGGAGAAGAAUAUGCAAUGUUGGGUGGUGCUCCAGAGGAUGUUUCAAAAAAUGUUAUCCUCGUGCCAAUUGCCACGAUAGGCUGUGGAAAAACAACAAUAUCAGUUGCCCUCUCACAUCUCUUCGGCUGGGGUCACGUACAAAAUGACAACAUAACAGGCAAAGGUCGACCUCCAAGAUUUACCAAAGAGGUCUUGAAUCUCUUGGAGGAUUUACCAGUUGUUGUGGCCGACCGAAAUAAUGCACAAAAACAUGAGAGAGAGCAACUAAUUGGAAAUGUGCAUCUAACUCAUCCUCAUGUAAGACUCGUUGCUCUGAAUUUCGUUCACACCCCCGAGACGCUGGGAAGAAUUCGAGAAGUCACACAAACCAGAGUACAGGCUCGUGGCGAUAAUCACCAGACUAUCCAAGCGGCUUCCGAUAAAAAUAAGGUUAUUGGGAUCAUGGAAGGUUUCAUUCAUCGAUUCGAGCCUCUCAACACUGAAAACAGACCCGAUGAUGGAUUCGAUUCCAUCAUUGAUCUAGACCCAACCAAAGACUCGCGAGAGAAUUUAGAGACAAUUGUAUCGCAACUGAACACCACAUACCCGAAGCUGUUCACCGAUAUGCCUUCCAGCGAGGAUCUUGACGAUGCCAUCCGUUUUGCUUUAAGCGAAUACAAGCCUGACAUCAGACAUGAAAUCGGGGCCAAAGGAGGACCAAAGCAAAAGCCUAAGGGCCAAAAGAAUCAGCAGGUAUGGAAAAAGGCAUCCCAUUCAGACAUACUCUUUCAUCUAACUGUAAGCAGCAGCCACAAAUCGCCAAGAAACCUCGUCCUCUAGAGUUCAUUUCCGUCAACCUACCUAGAGGUGAUAUUCUCGACACUUUAGAAAACUCUUUUGCGUCGGCUUCUUCGAACAAAGCCAGGUUCUUUAGACAAUUACAGGAGACACGUCGUGUUCAGCCAGAUUUCCACGUCACCUUAAUCCACCGAGCUUCCUCGAAAUCAUACCCCGAGCUAUGGAGUCGAUACAGCGAUCUGCACACUGCAAGCGAUGGAUGGGAUAACAAGAUUGGAGAGUGCAAAGUCCAACUUGAGCGGGUAUAUCACUUCCACAACCUAAUUUCGCCAAGUAUGAUACUAACUUGCGAAUAGAUUGUGUGGGAUAACCGAAUCAUGGCCAUUGUAGCACGACUUGUUGAUGAAGGAUGGGAAUGCGCUAAUGAUAUCCCGCAUGUCACGGUUGGAACCAGAGGGGAUGAUGUGAAGCCCAAGGAGAGUAAUGACCUUCUGAAGAGAUGGCUGGAUCAUGGAAGUGGUGAUACUACAGGCAUUGGUGAACUGGCGAUUGAUGGACGACUAAUUGUCAGUGGUACUGUCAAGGCAAUUCAAUCGAGAACGAGAUAGAGAUUUUUAGCGGGAUGAAAACAUAGAAUCAUAUUCCGGCUAGAAAUAUUUUCAUGUAUGCGCUCUUCUCGGCUCCAUAUCAUGGAUUCCACGCAAAAGUUUGGCGCUUUACUCUCCGCCAUAAGACAAGAAAUUCAAC